CCACAGCUCUCAGCAAACUUCAAAUUAUUCAAAUCUUUAUCUACUUUUGAGUUUCUAAAUAAUUCUUUUCCUAUUCACAUCUAUACUAAAACUAAAAGAUCAUGGCUAUUCUUCGUAUGAUCAAGAAGUCUUCAGCAACUAGAGAUGUUCCCAAGGGCCAUUUUGCUGUGUAUGUUGGGGAGAUGGAGAAAAAGAGAUUUGUAGUCCCCAUAUCAUUCUUGAGUGAACCUUUAUUUCAAGACUUGCUAAGUCAAGCUGAGGAAGAAUUCGGCUUUGAACAUCCAAUGGGUGGUGUGACUAUUCCAUGCAGUGAGGAUUUGUUCAUUGAUCUCACAUCUCGACUGAGGAAGUGAGAAGGAUACUAGUCCUCAUAUUUUAUUUUUUUUACACAAUUUUGUAUAGUUGUAGUAAGCCAGGAUCGCCACUGUGUACAGUUCCAGAGUUAGCAGAAGCACUAGGUAGACUAAGGACACAUUUUUCUACUUCAAAAGAAAUUGAAGUAAUGAAACUUUUUACUUCUAUGUUCCAUUCUAUUUCAUACAUUGAUGUAAUGAAUCCAUUGCAAUAGAAUUUUUUUGCUCUA